AUGUCGAAAAAUGUGGUCUUCGACGUGGUCGGCAGCCUGGUCUCCUACGACCACCUCUUUGACGUGAUCGAGCAGCGCUUUGGCGCCGACCGGCUGCGCGCCGCCAACAUCAACGCUCGCCUGCUGGGUCAGUGUUGGAUCGAGACGGCCGAGCGCGAGUACACCUAUCUCAGCCUGUCGGGCCGCUAUGCCACCUUCUUCCGCGUCUUCGGCUCGCUCUUCUACCGCAUGCUGCGCUAUGCCGGCCUGAAGCUGCGGUCCGGUGCCGCCGAAUGCAUCGCCAAGCUGCGUGCUGCCGGCUUCACCGUCUGGUGUCUGACGGCGGGCGACCUGGCCCGCGUCGGCGGCUACUUUUCCCUCGCCGGCGUCGACAUGCCGUCCGACAACUUGCUCUCCUGCGACAGCACCGGCGUGGCCAAGCCCGACCCGGGCGCCUACCGUCCGCUGCUCGCCCAGCUCUCUGCCACCGGCGCGACGCCCUGGUUUGCUGCUGCCCACAUGUGGGAUGUGUCCACGGCACGGACGAUCGGCUUCCGUGGUGCCUACUGCACCGUGCUCGAGGCCGAUCCCAUGCACGACAUCUUUGGCGACAUGGAUGUCAUAGCACACACGCUGCCCGAGAUGGCCGACAUGAUCAUUGCGGCAACACCAUGA